UAAUGAAUGUCUUAACUGUUGAAAAGUAUCAAAACUUAGACAAACAAUCAUUCAAUGAAUUGAUAGAAAAAGAUAUACCGUUUGUCAUAAGAGACGCUGAUUUUGGUUACUGUAUGACACAAUGGUCGGCCGAUUAUUUGAAGGACAGGUUAGGAGAGACCAAAGUAACGGUUCACCAGUCGAUGCAAUCAAUGCUUAAUUUUAUUGAUAAAAACUUCUUAUAUAAAACAUUGCCAUUCAAUGAAAUGAUCGACAAAUGUCUUAAUGAUGACCAACACUAUUAUUAUUUGAGAUCAAUUGGUAGCGAUCGUCGGGCUAGAGAUGUGGCCGAUAUUAGAGCUCAGUUUACCGAGAUUUCAGACGAUGUGACGAUUCCAUCGUUUAUGUCCAUCUGCCAGAAGACAGACGAAUGUCGAUCCACUCAAGAUUGUCACCAAACUGGUCACAGACAGCUAUUUUCAAGUGUUUUUCGUAUUUCAUCUAAAGAUUUAGUUCUUUGGACGCAUUACGACAUAUUAGACAAUAUUUUAGUUCAAAUAAAAGGCCGAAAACGUGUCGUAUUGUUUCCACCGGAUAACUGUCAGUACCUCUACUUAGAGUCAGACAAGUCUCGGGUCAUUGACAUCGAUGAACCUGAAGACCUAUUGAGAGAGAAGUUUCCGCUCUUUUUGAAUGUCGAUCGCUAUGAAUGUGUUCUCGAAGAGGGAGAGUCACUAUUCAUACCUUCCCUUUGGUUUCACAAUACAACUGCACUCGAGUUCAGUAUUGGUAUGAAUUUCUUUUGGAAAGACAAACAAUUAAUCGAUGAUAAUAUGUAUAACAAGAGUGAUGUCUACGGAAAUAAAGAUUUGAAUCCAGCUGUUGAUGCCUUCGCUAAUGUCGAUAAACUGGUCAAACAUUUAGAUAAAAUGCCAAAAAAGUUCACAGAUUUUUAUUUAAGAGUUAUUAUUAAUAAAUUACAAAAUAAGUUAAAUUAA